CACCAAGAUUCCCUUCUCAUCACCAGGAUUCCCUUCUCUUCACCGAGAUUCCCUUCUCAUCACUGGGAUUCCCUUCUCAUCUCCCGGAUUCCCUUCUCUUCACCAGGAUUCCCUUCUCUUCACCAGGAUUCCCUUCUCUUCACCGAGAUUCCCUUCUCUUCACCGAGAUUCCCUUCUCAUCACCCGGAUACCCUUCUCAUCACCAGGAUUCCCUUCUCAUCACCCCGAUUCCCUUCUCAUCACCGGGAUUCCCUUCUCAUCACCGGGAUUCCCUUCUCAUCUCCUGGAUUCCCUUCUCAUCACCAGGAUUCCCUUCUCAUCACUGGGAUUGUCUUCUCAUCACCCAGAUUCCUUUCUCCUCACCAAGCAUUGUUAUUGGUCAAACUUUAUCUAAAAUCUUGUUUGGCUGAUGUAUAA